AUGAAGGCUCUCAUAUUCCUCUCACUCAUACUCGCUGUCCUACUGCAGGGCGAAGUCAGUAGUUCCAUGCCAUUCGACACCUUCACUGCUACAUCAUCCAGCGAACACAAUGGCGUUCUCACUGUCACUCGAGGCCCUCAGGUCACCAACUUCAACGACCUUUCCUCUGUGCACCCAGUCAUCAUGUCAGGUUCUGAGCCUACCAGAGCAUCUAUUGCCACUUCCGUGAGUAUUAUCUCUACCUCAGCAUCUACAGAAGCCUCAGCGACCAGGACUUGGUACACCCAGGCCUCACCCGCAAACCUUGGAAGCGCAACGGCACAUGCCAGUGGAGGUGACAUGACAAACGAUCCUCAAAGCAGCCAUGCAGAAAGGGGCCUCAGCGUGCCUGGGGUGCACGUGUUGCGCGACCUUUGGAGAAGGGCAACAUCUGCCGUCAACGACGCCGCUCCGGCUUCGGCAACAACUUACGCUUCUGCUGUUCUGGAUACAAGGAACAACGCAGGAUAUCAGCCUUACGGAGAUCCUUUCGAUCCGCCUCCUCCAGGUCAUGCAGCCGCAGACGACACCACGGAAAAAGCCGGCUAUCAACCUUAUGGUGAUCCUUUCGAUCCGCCUCCACCAAAAAAGGAUGCCACUGCAGACAAGAUCACAGAGAGAAGUGGCUACCAACCCUACGGAGAUCCUUUCGACCCACCUCCUCCAAAGAGAGACGCACCCACAAGCGAAAUCACAGAGACGGCCGGCUAUCAACCUUACGGAGAUCCAUUCGAUCCCCCGCCGCCGACGAAUGGUAGAACCGCGGACAAGAUCACGAAGAGAGAUGGCUACCAACCUUACGGAGACCCUUUUGAUCCCCCACCACCGAAGAGAGGUGGCUACCAACCUUACGGAGACCCGUUCGAUCCUCCGCCGCCGAAGAACGGCGCAACUGCAGACAAGACCCAGUCGGUUCUGCUUUUGCUUGCUGUAGCGCUUUUUACCGUUUGGUGGGCGCACUAA